AGGAGGAGAGGGGGCCAGGGAGUGGAGGAGGUGGGGCGGGGGGAGUUUUUUUGUGUGGAAAAGAGAUGCAGUUUGGGUGCGGGGCGGGCGGAGAGAGAGACUGGAGAGGCGACAGACGAGAGCGCACGGAGCAGAGCGCGCGCACACACACAGACGGACUCCCUCCUCUCUCUCUCUCUCUCUCUUGCUCGCUCACUCACUCACUCUCACACAGAGACUGGGAGAAAGCUGCGUCUUUUCUUCAGACACUCACUCAUUCACUGGCGCACACACAUGAGGCGACGGGCAUAUGUCGAUAUAUGCAACAGAUCCGUCUGCAAGGAGACCAGCGCGGCUUGUUUUUGUGUGCAACUCCUCUCCAAAAGGAUAGUUUAGUAAUAUAUUUAUCUAUUUAUUUAUUUUUUAGUGUCUUCUUUUUUUGCGGAGUUCUGCAGCAGCAGCAGCAGCAGCAGCGGUGGAUUUAACAUGCCAGACGUCUGAGAAGACGUCUAUUCCCUCCUCUCCCUCCCUCCCGGAAUUUUUUCCCUCUGUGGAAGUAAUCGCCACAAUGUGCGCACAGAAGAUGAGGGCGAAAAUGAUCCAAACCAAAGGAAAUAUAUUCUCUUCGGCACUGUUCAAACUGGUGCUUUUGGUUGCGCUUGUGCACGGAGCCAGCGGUAAGACUUUGAAAUAUAAAGUUUACGAGGAGCAGAAAGUGGGCACUGUUAUUGCACGCUUAAAGGAAGAUGUCGCCGGGGUUUUAUCCAAACUGCCCAAUUCUGUGAGCUUUCGGUUCCGCGCUAUGCAAAGAGGGAGUACGCCGUUCCUGUCGGUCCGGGAGGAGGACGGAGAGAUCAGCAUUGGCACCAAAAUCGACCGGGAGAAGCUUUGUGAGAAAAACUUAAACUGUUCGAUUGAAUUCGACGUGGUCACACUGCCCACGGAGUACUUGCAGCUGUUCCAUGUGGAGGUGGAAGUGCUGGACAUUAACGACAACUCGCCGCACUUCUCCCGCGCCAUCGUGCCCAUCGAGAUCUCCGAGAGCGCGUCAGUGGGGACGCGCGUCCCGCUGGACGGCGCCGUGGAUGCGGACGUUGGGGAAAACUCCCUGCACACGUAUUCUCUGACACCCAAUAACUUCUUCAAGAUCGAUAUAAGGACCAGGACGGACGGGGCCAAGUACGCAGAGCUGGUGGUGAUGCGGGAUCUGGACCGGGAGGUGCAGUCCAGCUACCAGCUGCAGCUCACGGCCUCGGAUAAUGGAGUCCCCCCAAAGUCUGGCUCCACUUUGCUCAAGAUCAGCAUCUCAGAUUCCAACGACAACAGCCCAGCCUUUGAUGAGCAGGCCUAUAUUAUCAAUCUGCUGGAAAACUCUCCCCUCGGGACUCUAAUCAUUGAUUUAAACGCCACAGAUCCAGACGAGGGCACUAAUGGGAAAAUAGUCUACUCUUUCAGCAGCCAUGUCUCGCCAAAGAUCUUGGAAACGUUUAAGAUAAACCCAGAAAGUGGCCACAUUACUCUUAUUAAAAAAGUGGACUAUGAAACCACUGCGUCCUACGAGCUGGAUGUUCAGGCUCAGGACUUGGGCCCUAAUUCUAUUCCUGGACUUUGCAAGAUUGUGGUGAAAGUGGUGGAUGUAAAUGACAACAAACCGGAGAUAAACAUCAACCUGAUGACGCCAGGCAAAGAGGAGGUGGCCUAUAUCUCAGAGGGGGCCCCAGUAGACACCUUCAUCGCUCUGGUGCGUGUCGACGAUAGUGAUGCAGGACUCAAUGGGGAGGUGGUGUGCAGGCUGCACGGCCACGGACACUUCAGGCUCCAGAAGACCUACGAGAAGAACUACAUGAUCCUCACUAACGUGUCUCUGGACCGGGAGAAGAGGUCCGAGUACAGUCUGACGGUGAUCGCGGAGGACCGGGGCUCCCCGAGUCUCUCCACCAUCAAACACUUCACGGUUCAGGUUCUGGAUGAAAACGACAAUCCUCCGAGCUUCGAGAAGAGCCGCUACGAGGUCUUCAAAUCGGAGAACAACUCCCCCGGAGCGUACCUGAUGACCGUGGUGGCGUCCGAUCCGGAUCUGGGCACCAACGGGCAGGUCACCUACAGCAUCGUGGACGCCCUGGUGCAGGGGAGCCCCAUCUCCACCUACGUCACCAUCGACCCGUCCAACGGCGCCAUCUACGCCCUGCGCAGCUUCGACCACGAAGACGUCAGCCGGAUCGCCUUCACCAUCCAGGCCCGGGACGGGGGGAACCCCGUGCUGUCCACCAACACCACCGUCCUGCUGACCGUCCUGGACGAAAACGACAACCCGCCGAUCAUCCACUCGCCGUCGCUCCGGAACCACACCGCCGAACUCCCCGUUUGGAAGUACGCCUCACCCGGCCAGCUGAUCACCGCUUUAAAAGUCACCGACCGGGACGCCGGCGCCAACGGAGAAGUCAGCUGCGCCAUCGUUGGCGGCAACGAGGACGGUUUGUUCGUCAUGGAUGCUCGCCGCUGCGAGCUGAGGACCAACGCCAGCUUGGAGCAGGCUCCCCGGGACGUGAUGGAGAUCAGGGUGGAGGUGACGGACCGCGGCACCAUCCGGCUGUCCACCGGCGCCGUCUUCAGGCUCUCCCUGCAGGAGAACAUGGACAUCCUGCCGCCUCUCUACCCCACCGGGUCCAGCCAGGCGCCGCUGGACCUCUCCCUCAUCGUCAUCAUCUCCCUGGGCGCCGUGUGUGCGCUGCUGCUCAUCGUCAUGGUGAUGUUCGCCACCGCACGCUGCAGCCGGGAGAAGAAAGACCCCAGGCACAACUACAACUGCCGCGUGGCCGAGAGCAGCUACCAGAACCACCCCAAGAAGCCCGCCAGGCAGAUCCACAAGGCGGAUAUCACCCUGGUUCCCACCGUUAACGGGACCCUGCCGGUCCGGGCCCACCCGCGCUCCCCCUCCGCCUCCCCCACCCCGGAGAGAGGCACCCUGGGGAGCCGGCAGAGCCACCACAGCCGCCAGUCGCUCAACAGCCUGGUCACCAUCUCCUCCAACCACGUGGCGGAGAACUUCGCCCUGGAGCUGGCCCACGCCACGCCCCCCGUCGAGCAAGUCUCACAGCUUCUGUCCAUGCUCCAUCAGGGCCAGUACCAGCCACGACCCAGCUUCAGAGGCAACAAAUACACCCGGAGCUACAGAUACGCCCUGAACGAGAUGGACAAGUUCAGUCUGAAGGACAGCGGCCGUGGGGACAGCGAGGCCGGGGACAGCGACUACGAGCCGGGCAGGGAGUCCCCCAUGGACAGGCUCCUUGGUGAGGGCUUUACUGAGAUAUAUGCCCCUGAAGGCCAGCACAGACCGCAUGCAGCGAUGAGGCUUUGCACCGAGGAGUGUCGUGUCCUGGGCCACUCGGACCAGUGCUGGAUGCCCCCCCUGGCCUCCCCCGCCUCCUCCUCCGACUACCGCAGCAACCUCUACAUCCCGGGUGAGGAGGCCCGCCAGCCCACCGACCUCUCCCAGGAGAAGACCCCGCAGCCCUGCACCGACACCUCCGGCCCCACCCGCAACCAGAGCUUCUCCACCUUCGGCAAGGACCUGGGGGGGGAGGACAUCGGCGAGGAGGAGGAGGGGGGAGGCGGCGUCGGGGGGCCGGGGGACGGAGAUGAAGACUUGUGCGGGACGACGUCGUUGCUGUCGGAGAUGAGCAGCGUGUUCCAGAGGUUGCUUCCCCAGGGGCUGGACUCCUACGUUCAGGUCAACGAGAGCCAGAAGGGGACCAGCCACAGCGGGGUGGGGGUCCCAAUGACCGGGUCUUUGGACCGUAGGAGGGGCCACCUCCCCGGGAAACCCAACCCCUCGGUGCACCAGCAGGGCGUGGCAGCCUGGGCCGCCAACACCCACUUCCAGAACCCGGGCAGCAGCAUCGGCCCGUCCGGGCACCAUCAGGUAGGCAGCUACCACACCCUGAAGCCCAGCACCAAGCUCAGCUCGCAGAGCAGCUGCCACAAGGGCUCCCAGGCGCCCAAAAACAGCCCCCAGAACAGCGGCCACGCCCCCAAACCCCACAGCAGCCCGCUGCUCACGGCGCUGGUCAGCCCCACCAUGGCGCAGCCCGCCCCGGCCCAGGUGGCCGUGCCCGUGGCGCUGCCCGGGCCCUCCUCCAAGUGGCUGCCAGCCAUGGAGGAAAUCCCGGAGAACUACGAGGAGGACGAUUUUGACUCGGUGCUCGGCCACCUUCACCAGGGCAAACGCUCCGACAGCCGCCACGAGCUGGUGGACGCUAGCGAGCUGGUGGCCGAGAUCAACAAACUGCUGCAGGACGUCCGGCAGAGCUAGACGUCCUGCUCCUAAUUUAUUUAUUCACCGCCCACCACUGACUUUUUCCAAGAAUAAGAGUGAGAGACAAUGGCCUCAUUUGUCAAACGAGCGCAGAUCUGAGCGUAUAUUUUGUCUUACGAUGAGAAUAAUCAGCUGUUGAUAAAUGUGGCGGCUAGAAACAAGCAUUAUUUAAAUAUCACCCUGUAAUAUAUAUAAUAUAUAUAUAAUAUAUACCUGAUUUAGAUGGGUCGCCACGAGAGUUUUCACAUUUUGGGUAAUUUUUAUUUUUUUCUGGUAAUU